AUGGUGCAGCCGGUGAAAAAGCGAAAGUUUUUGUCGCUCGAAAACAAGGCUCGCAUCAUCGCACAGGCUAAAGCUGGAAAGAAGAAGGCACUCAUCGCUGAAGAGUUCGGGAUUGCGGCGAGCUCUCUGUCAACUAUAUUGAAGAGCAAGGACGCGAUAGGCAAAGCUCUAGCUUCAGGGACGUCCGCUAAGCAUAAGAAGGUGACCCAGCCAGUGCACGAAGCCUUAGACCAGGCUGUUUACACCUGGUUCGUGGAGACGCGGGCCAAGAAAAUUGCCCUUAGCGGCGAUAUUGUACGGCAGAAGGCGAUGGAUUUUGCCUGCAUGCUCGGCAUUGAUGAUUUCAAGGCCAGCGUAGGUUGGCUAAACAGAUUUAAAUCCCGCCACAGCAUCAUCGGCAAAGUGUUGUGUGGUGAAGCCGCUUCGGCGGAUAAAGACGGCGCCGCCGCGUGGAUGUCGGCCAGCCUUGGAAGCAUCCUUAAGGACCACGCAUCAUCGGACAUAUACAAUGCCGAUGAGACCGGUCUAUUCUACGAAAUGUUACCGAACAAGACCCUGGAUUUUAAGGGGCUGCGCUGUCAAGGAGGUAAACACAGCAAGAAAAGGAUCACCAUGCUACUGUGCGCCAAUAUGGACGGAUCAGAUAAGCGACCUCUUUUGGUCAUUGGCAAAAGCGCAAAACCGCGCUGCUUCAAAGGAAAUCGGCGCCUUCCAGUGAAGUACGUGGCCAACAGCCGGGCGUGGAUGACCCGUGCAAUUUUUGGAGUGUGGGUCGAGGAAUUCGACCGGGACAUGGGCAGGCAAGGCCGCAAGGUUUGUCUGCUUUUAGACAAUUGUUCCGCACAUUCCAUUGAGGACACGGAGCUCGAGAACGUGCAGCUCAAGUUUUUGUCACCGAACUGCACGUCCAUCAUUCAACCCCUCGACCAAGGGGUCAUCCAAAGCGUCAAGUGCGCGUACCGCAAGCGCCUUAUCCAAAGGCUGAUUUUAAACACUCGGUUGGGUCGCGAAACGAAAAUCGACUUGUUCAUGGCGCUCCAAAUGAUCGCUGCUUCGUGGUGCGAGACGGGGAGCGCCGUAGUCGCGAACUGCUUUCGCCAUGCCGGAUUCGCAGUAAAGUGCGCCGAGACUUCCGAUUCUGCGAUUGAGGCUUACGAUGGCGACACAGACCGCGAUGAGGACAGGUUGCUGGACCAGGACGAAGAAAUCGCAGUCGCUUGGGCAGACCUGCAGGAAAGUGAUGUGCCCGCCCGCCGUCGUACAUAUCAGCGAGUUCUUGCAAGCUGA